CUUGCUGGUCUGUUCUCCGCUGCGAGGCUCUACCAUGGACCCAGCUUCCCCCCCUUCCCCUCCUCACGAAGCGAACGACAUUUUCUCUCUAUCUGACAGUGUACUAUCUUCUAAACUUAGGUUCAUCGAAGAGAUUGGCUUCGGCAACUGGGGCAGCGUCUGGCUUUGCAACCCCAAGAAUAGUCCGACGUCGCACGCUGCUGACGACUUCGACAGAGUGUUACAGCCCAAGAUCGCCGUCAAGCUCGUCCACCGCAACACCAAGAGCAAGACGACCGUCGCACGUGUCAAAUCACUAUGGAACGAGAUGAAAAUCAUUCGUACUUUCAAGUCUGAUCCACACCCAUCGAUCAUCCCAUUCUACUCCUUCGUCAUUACACCUUCCUACGCGUUGAUCACCAUGGCCUACCUCCCCGCACUUGUCCCUGUUGAGGUUGACGAGUCUCGAGCUCGCGGCUGGUUCCGAUUCCUCUUAUCUGGUGUAGAUUUUCUGCACAAACGUGGAGUAGUCCACAAUGACAUUAAACCGGCCAACAUAUUGAUUUCUCACAAGAAUAUUCCAGUCCUGGUUGACUUCGGAUUUGCAGAGAAAUAUGGCCUUGACUCAGAGACGGCAUUUCAUAGCAAGGUUUCCUAUGGUACUCCGGAAUACCUGUCACCCGAACGCGCACGAGAGAUACCGCACGAUUGCCGCAAGUCUGACGUAUGGUCGCUUGGCGUAACAUUCUUCGAGAUCCUUACAGGACGGACCCCUUUUGAGGAAUGUGAUCAAGAACAAUUUACGACCAAGGAAGACCUUGAAAAAUACUGGUCCAGAACUCUACGGGGAAAAUGGAUAGGCAGUUGGACAAUGUCAAAGGGCAUGGAAAAGCUGCUUCGUAGAAUGAUCUCCCCUAAUGCCGACUUGCGGUGUACGGCAUCACAGGCAAUGCAAGACCCAUACUGGCAAACACGUAAAGAGGAAGACCCUCGGCAUCGACGAUCUUCAAGCUACACCUCGUCACUUGUCUUUGAAAAGGACAUGUCAAAGCAGCCUGAUCUCACAUCGUCUCGACCUCAGGCAACGAAGGGCAAAGAGAAUCUGAAGAGCCCCCUGGCUCUAUUUUCGUCUAAGUCGCCGAAGGCCGCUGAGCCAGAUGGACAUCGUACCGUGGCAAGGUCGAAGUCUCAACCGAAAGUGAUCGCGUCAAAAAGCCUAUGCCAAGAAGCGCGUUCCGGUCCCUCCGUUAACCGAUUUGUCCCCAAUCAAGGCUUCUCCACCAUCAUCGCCGUCCGCUAAACCAGUACUGCAUGCCAUUUCCCGGAACGUCGAUCCUAAGAGUCGCAUACCGCUCACUUCGCGCGUCCUUGGGAGUCCCCCCGUCUCCGCUCCUAUUAGAGCUGAUCCUCCUCGGGGACGAGUGCUUGGCGAUGUGACUGGUGUGAAUGUUAAUGUGGGUAACGCGAAGAGAGAGAAGGGGAAAGGUAAAGAAAAGGAAAACCUUGUAAAUCAACGUGUGAAAGACUGGGAGAAGCUGCGAGAAAUCUCACGCAUAGAGGACUCGGAGGAGGAGGUUGAACACG